UUUAUACUCUGAACUCAAUAUGGAGCCUGUGCAAAACCUGGUUAAUACGGACUAUGAGUCUGUCCCUCUACCUUGGUCUCAACCAGCGCCAUUCGCGAUAUUCCCUUAUAAGCCUUUAUUCCCCAACCUUCUAACAAGAGUUGACCAAGUGCGAAGUAGUGGUUUCUAUGGCUUCUUCAAUGCCGACCUACUCGCUUCCCAGGCCGCCGACUUUAUACGGUCAAACUCAGAUGCGGACCAGGAACUUCUUGUGCAAGUUAUGCGUCAAUUUCUGAAUUUAGCCAAGCAAGAUUGCUUAGCUGGGGCUACAACUAAGAAUGUUCAGGUCGUACAUUCUUGUUGGCUGGAUAUUCGUAUGACACUACCUAUUCCCAGCAGAGUUGUACCGAGAUGGCAUACAGACGGCCGCAUGUUUGAUUGUAAAUGCCCUACCAAAAUACCACACUCAAAAUACGCGUUCACUAUUAUGGGCCCAUCAACCAGAAUCAUAGCACCCAAUCCAGCCGCUACGGAAAUAUUAGAAAAGGGGUCGCCAACAGGACGGCGGUGGGAUCAAAAUCAACCAGACCCAGAAUUGGCAGAAACGCUAGCAAGAUACGAAGAAGUUGCAAUUCGAUUGGGUCAGAUUAUUCGGUUUAGCUGGAAUCAACCAGACUCACCAAUACAUUCUGAACCAGAUUCAAGCGGCUUAUGUCGUGUCUUUGUGAGCGUCCUGUUUGGAAGUGAGGAGGAAUUGCGGGACAUGUGCGACUUUAGGGGCGAGAAGUAUAAUUACUGGAAUUAGCAGUAUUCAGUACAAGAAAAUUGUGAGAGUGAAUGACCCAUGUUAUAUUUACUAAAUGGAAGGAUGCCAUGAAGCAACAGGAUGGCGCUGGAGGGCAGUUCUGAGACGAAAUAACAGAUAAUAUGUUCAGCUUGGUUGUAGCGGCUAGCUGUAGGCGGUGAAGCCUACUAUCUAAAGGUUGGGAAACUUUCCAUAAGACAAUAUAAUUGGUUGGCAUUAUGUUUGGUGAAAGCUCCCGGAAGGUAGCAACAAGGCCAUCCCCAUUCUUUGCGUCGUAUUGUUUUCCAGCUGUUUCGAGGUCGGGUAGACCGACGAAGGUGGAAGGGGAGUAGGUAGCUACGGCUGCUAUUUUCAAGUGGAGAACUAACUUGCUCUGGAGGUGAUAAUGAAUAAGAGCUUUGUGUUGAAGUGGUAUAUGAUGUCGAG